CCGUCUCUUGUCGUGCGUCUCUUGCGGAAGAGGUUUGAAGUUUGAACCUCUGGCUAAGCGUGCCUCAUGCUCAUUCUUUGUCAUCAUAUUGUUUUUAAAUACGAUGGUUAGGUUAGAUGACAAUGUUCUCUUCAUUCGGGGAAAUGGAAAUUCAACAAAUGCAGAGGAUGAAGAUAUCUGGGAUGACAGUGCGUUAAUUAAAGCAUAUGAUAAAGCAAUCAAUUUAGCGAAAGAGGAAGUUGGCAAGCGAAUGGGUAUGGAAAUUGAAAAUUUUCAGCCCAAACAGAAGGCACCAAAUUUUAAGCCACCUCGUCAUACAGCUAAGCCACAUAAGAAGUGGGCUGUAGGAGCACCCUGUCGUGCAGUAUAUUCAGAAGAUGGAGAAGUUUAUGAAGCUGUAAUAUCAAAAAUUUAUGAGAACAGUGGAACUUGCAUUGUGAAAUUUGUAGGUUACGGUAAUACAGAAAAAGUAGAAUUGAACAGUCUUCUGGAAUCGAAUGGAUUGCAAAGUCAGAUAGCUCAACAUAAAGAUGCGGUUAAAGAAGAAUUCAAUGGAGAAAACGCAGAUACUGAUCAAAGUACCUUUUUUGCAAACGCAAAAAUAUUUAAUGGAGAUAAAAUGGAUUGCGAAGUGGAAGAAACAGAAACACAUAAACAUCAAUUUAUGCCCGGUUCCUCCUUUAACUCAGCAGAUAUUAUGCCACCUGCACCUCCUUUACCGCCACAACUAAUGGCCAAAUUGCCGGACAAUGACGCGGAUGCGCUUUCGAGUAUGCUAAUGUCAUGGUACAUUAGUGGCUUUCACACAGGUUACUAUCAUGGUUUGAAACAAGCAAGAAGUAAUCAGGAAAAAAGAAAAAAUUGUUGAUUAUGUAGAACUCGCUUCAUUAAACCAAAAUGCAAUACAAUUUUUAUAAAACAAUACAUUAACAUAGUUCAAAAUAA